GCGGAGCGCUGCUGUUGCUGCUUCUCCCUUCUGGUCGGCGCGGCCUGGCCUGGCCCGGCGCUUCGCCUCCCUCUCGUCCUCCUCCGUCCCCGCUCCCCGGCCCUGCCCGCCCGCCAUGUCCGUGCCCGGAGGAGCCGGCGGCGAGUUCGGCAACCCGCUGCGCAAGUUCAAGUUGGUCUUCCUCGGCGAGCAGAGCGUUGGAAAAACCUCCUUGAUCACCAGAUUUAUGUAUGACAGUUUCGACAACACCUACCAGGCAACAAUUGGAAUUGAUUUCCUCUCAAAGACUAUGUAUUUAGAAGAUCGCACGGUUCGACUACAGCUUUGGGACACAGCAGGCCAAGAAAGGUUCCGUAGCCUCAUUCCCAGCUACAUCCGUGACUCAACUAUUGCAGUGGUAGUCUAUGACAUUACAAAUCUGAAUUCCUUCCAACAAACCUCCAAAUGGAUUGAUGAUGUACGAACAGAAAGAGGGAGUGAUGUCAUCAUCAUGCUGGUGGGAAAUAAAACCGAUCUUGCAGACAAGAGGCAAAUCACCACAGAAGAAGGGGAGCAGAGAGCCAAAGAACUGAGUGUGAUGUUCAUUGAGACUAGUGCCAAGACUGGCUAUAAUGUGAAGCAGCUUUUCCGCCGCGUGGCUGCUGCCUUACCCGGUAUGGACAGCACCCCUGAGAAGAGCAAAGAUGACAUGAUUGACAUCAAACUAGAGAAGCCUCCUGAGCAGCCAGUAACGGAGAGCGGCUGCUCCUGCUAAGGGAUCCUUAGUGUGCAGCCCCUUCCCAGCUGGCCAGUCCAGUCUCGCCGAAGAGCAUCACUUUUCAUUGACUAGACAAACUUAAUUUUCCAAGGGCUGGAAACCCAGUCGAUACACAAUGAGCCCCUCCCCCCCGGUACCGUGGGCGGCCCUGGCUGCUCCCCGUCGCUGCAUGGUGUGAACCCCCAAAUACCUCCUGUCCCUUGUUGGUUGUUGCACUUGGGUGUGUGCACCGACUCUGUGUCGUCCUAGGAAUGCAAAGGGGGCAGAACCUUAUUCCCAGUGUAGAAAAACUCGCACAAACCUCCCGCGAAGGCGCUGGUGGAUCUGGGACACCCUGUGUUUCUUUUGCCACUGCUUUUGGUGCAUCCCUCCUCCAGAAGUGGUUCCUUCCAUCGGGUUGGCUGCACCUGCUCUUGCAGUGCGAGGCCCUGUGUGCGCUCAGUACUGGCUUCCCACAGGGUGGCCUCAGCCGCCUGUUGGCUUCCCCAGUUAGGCCUUUUUGCCCCUCCUUCCCUGGCAGCCGAGGAGAGGGGAGGAUGCAGCUCCGAACGUACGAUCGACACUAGAUAUUCCUACUUCCCGGCUGCCUAGUACCUUGAUAGAGAGUAGAUAACUCUCGCUAAUUGCAGAUUGCCUCAAUUUUUUCCUGAAGGAUGUUGGUGCUCAGUUUACAGUUAAAUAUGGAAAGGGAGGGUAGGUAAAACUGGAAUGCAUGAGGCUUGGAGUCCCAUGUAGGAAGUCUCAUUCCUGCACAAGGACAAACUGGGAGUUUCGGAGCUGAGCUGUGGGUUUUCUCUACUUUCUUGCACAUCCAGGCCAUUUUCACCCGUACCUUGAAAGGGAUCUUUGUGGAUAACUCCACAGAUGCAAGCGAAAACAGGGACUUGGAGACUAGAUUCAGGCCGGUGCCCAGAGCUUCUGGAUUUGUCUUAUUUAUCACUGACGUAUCCUUAUAAGUAUGCAAAGUGCUUUGCAGCUGCUGUCAUGCUUCAUAGUUCUGUGACCGUGCUUACCGUUGGGUAUGGCCUGCAUUGACUUCAUGGCUAGCUAUAGGAAGGACCCCCAUCUUGAAUCGCGGGCUUUCUACUUCACUGGACUAGUAGCCCAGCCUUCAAAGUCUAAACUGAGUGACAUAGUAAUUCCCCUUCAACUUGUCCAGCCACUGUCCAGGAAGCAAGAUAUAGGACUCAUCUGUUCUGAUCGAAUUAUUUUUUCAGAGCUUGCUGUGGACCAGCUCUCAAAUUCUGUAUAGGCAGAUCUGUUGUGGGUAGUUCAGUUUUACUUAACUGCACAAGAGAAGAUAACGUUAAACUUUGUCUGAUGUCUGUCCUUUCUGUGUAGACUGGCUUGUGUAUCAAAAGGUUUUAGAGGGCAAAACUAGGUUUAGAUCUUAGAAUUCCUUAUUUAGCACAGAAUGUGUUUUCAAAUACCUCCCCUGCUGUUAGAUGCAAGUCAUGCUAACAUGCAACCUGACCUGAGAGACGGGUAAAAGCAUGAACUGAGUCAUUUGUCUCUAGUGGUGCUUGUUGGACAAAUCGCCAUUUUCUUUUGUUCGAGCUUGUUUUGUCCAUUUUGAAAACCAAAAAUCCGUCAGCUCCAGAUACUCACCGACUCCCCUACUUCUGAAGCGGACUCGGGGCACCCUUCCUGUCACACGUGUGCACGCACAGGAAGUGAGCCUUUGCUAGACGUGCCCCUGAGCCUAGUGCAGGCACGUCUCUAUAGGCAUAGCUCUGUUCUUGCAGGAGCUGGAAAUAUCCCAUGCCUCUUUCCUGGGGGUGGAGAGUCAUUCUCCUUUGCAUGAAGCCCUGUGCGUUGCUUGUUUCUUCACCAUCUGUUCUGCCAUGCCUUGGGCUGGGCCUGGCUUGCGACAAGACAGGCCAUCAUCUUUGCAGCAGAGAAGUGUUGGGCAUAAAAGGGGGUGGGCUAGAGAGAUGCUUUCCUGCCUGCCCAGCCCAGGAAAGCUGGUCUCUGUCCAGCACUGGAGGAAUUCCUUGCAGCCCCUCGGUGCCUGUACCAAGUGGGUGGAUAGUACUUCAGCUCUAGGCGUCGUUAACAUGACCUUCUGCCCAGAGCGUGCUUUCAUGCUUAACUUCAGUCUGUGAUGCAGCAUAUGGCUUUCUUUGAAGGGUGCAGGUCUGCAGAAGGGUGGUUUCCUCAUGAAGUUCCCUUCUUUUUAAUCGGGUUGCCAACUUAAUUUCCAGGAGAUUCCCUUGACAGCGGACCUGCUGGAGAAAAAUUCAGCAAGUGCAAGCUUAAGCCCCGCAGAGAAAUUACAAAAUGGAAAAGCCUUGUUAAAUUCUGCUAAUUUCUAUAUUAGCAAAUACUUGCAAACAAAUAUUUAUAAAUGUAUGAGUCUCCUUUUGGCCCAUAUUGGAGGCUCAAAAGCAGCUUCAUCUUUGGAAACUUCAAAAGCAUAUUGAAAAUGUCAAAACAUUGCUGACAAGAACCUUAAAGGCAGGAAGGACUCUUAAAAGCAGAUUCUUCCAGGUACAACGUAAAAUUACUCUAAACAAGAGUGAAUACCCUUACAAAUUCCCUCAUCAAGAAUCUGUCCUGCUUGGCUUUUGUUUGUUUAAUCAUUUACCCAAAGCAGCUCUUUGCUCAAGAGGGGAGUCCAAACUGAGAUAUUAUGUAACCGCGGAAAGCACUGGUGCAGCCUUCUCCAUCCUUGGUUAACAUGGAGCAAUAUUCCAGUCUGUACGAAGCUGCCAAGGUGAGGCCUGUUGCCUUUCCUGAGCGUUUGAGAAAUUGCUCCAACAUCUGGCAGCUGUAUGCGCAUCGCGGGGUCCGUGCUUGUCUGCACAUGUCUGCUUCAGGUGGACCUGUGACUCCUUGGUUCCUGCCACCACCGCCGCCGCCGCCUCCUGGCUGGCAUGGAGGGCAUGCAGCUGUCGGGCUUGUGUAUGCCUGGUGGGGGCACCCAUUUCCAUCCACUCCCCCUUGCAUGUAGGAUCUACAGGAAGUGUGGAGGGCUCACAUGGUCUAAACUCCAAGUUCUUUACUGGUGUAUUAAGUAAAUACUUGGUUCGUGUGUCUGCAUGGGACAGGAAAGGAAUAUGCUAGUAAAGAAUGUGACGUUUUGAAGCACGCAUGCUCCAUCAUCUGUCAGGAUUUUAAAACAUUUGUGCCCUUCCCUCUUUUUGCCCACUGGAGAGCCAGCACCCUGCGCGGGGGAUGCAGAGGGCGCCCCGUAUUCCUCGAGCCCCGUUACGUGAGCACAGGCGCCCCCCACGGAAGAUGGGUUUUUCUUUCUUCCCCUCUGCAGUCACCUCUCCAGCAGAACUGGCAAGCCCACACGCUCGGCCCCCUCGGUUUCGAGAGCGCAGUGCCGCUGCAAAGGCCGGGACUCCUCCUGUGUACAUAGCAUAGCCUCCCCGUCACGUGGGAAUUGCUGGUGUCCUGUCGGUGUGUCUUGUCUCCAUCCCCCUCCCCUCCGCAGUCGAACUGGCGCCGCGCGCUCUCUCACUGGCAGCCCGGUCCUGCUACUGCUGUUGUGGUGUUCUCAAGGCACACUGGAAACGCGUCUUUCCAGGGAACGGGGGUUUUAAAAACGCAUAAAUGUGUGUUGGGGAGGGUUGGGGGGUGGUUGGGCAGGCGGGUGGGGGGAACCCAGUGAACAGCCGAGUUCGCUUCCACUGCCUUCUCUGUGGACCUGUAUAAUACUCGGGGUGUGUGUCUGACUCUGCCGUCUCCUAGCUGUUAGCCAAGUAAGUGACUCCUGAUAUAUGAAUAUUGACUGUCAGACUACGGCUGUGUAUCACACUAAAUAAAGUUAAUUUCGCCAUGCU